CAUUCGUUGCGGAUGGCCAGCUAUUAUCACACUGCUCACCUGCGACCAACACAAGGAUGUCGUGCACGUCCCCAAUAUGAAGGUGGAAAUUAAGGCCAUCCCCAUUGACAAGAAGGAAUUGGGUGACUGCGAUGCAGGCCGGAAAAUGAGGCGCGUAAGCCAACCGGAUCCGUUGACCUUUGGUGGGCUUCCGCCUCCACCGCUCCAUCAUCCUUACGAACCCACUGUCCGCGAUAAAAUGUGCUUCCAUUCCAUAACCGUGAUGAAGCCGUAUCAGAAUUAUUCAUUUGAGGAGCUCAGAUACACCUCGCCACCUGUGAAGAGGUCAAGCGAGAAUAUGCUGGUCAGACCGAACGGAGACGGAACUUACUCCGCCACUUGGACGCCAGCUUCCGUCGGUUGCUAUUCGUUAAUGGUCAACAUCGAUGGUUACGAAAUGGAGGAACAAUUCAAAGUGGAAGUAAACGAACCUCCACAGGGCAUGACGCCGCCAAGUCAAAACUUGGCUAAGAAGUCUUCGUAUCAGCCAAGCAAAUUGAGAAAAUUCGUCGCGAAAAACUCAGCUGGUUUAAGAAUCCGUUCGCAUCCUUCGUUACAAAGCGAACAGAUCGGUGUGGUACAUGUUAACGGUACCAUAGCUUUCAUCGACGAAAUACAUAAUGAUGAUGGUGUUUGGUUGAGGCUUUCCGCUGACACCAUCAAACAGUAUUGCAAUAGCGCUAUAAUCGAAGCUUGGUGUUUGCAAUACAAUCAACAUCUAGGCAAAACAUUACUAUUACCAGUAGAAGAACCUAAAACGAUGUUAGAUCAAGUGUUAAAUGAAAGUAUGCGAAAAGUUCCGGUCCCGGAAAUACAGGAUAGGCGAAAGACGCCAUCCAAUGGGUUCUCUGGUGGAUACCAGGUGAUCAAAUGCGGUGCUUCCGGACAUAACGUCCGAUCCAGGCCCAGCUUGAAAGCACCGCCCGUUGGAAUGCUCGUUUUAGAACACCCCUUCACAUUCGGAGUGAAUCCAGUCCCGACACCUCCGGCCCGACCGGUGGAACCUCCGCAAACCUCAAGCAAUCCUUUUGUAUUUGGCGAUGGCGGUAGACCAGAUUCUCCGAAAGUUCCCAGACGCGAGAAAAAAGAUGCUAAAUUGACGAGUUUGCCGAAAUGGUUCAAAGGCGAUGGUGACGUCAAAGACUCUGAAUUAACCGGUGUCUCAGUGAAAGACUUGGUUAAAGCCAUCGGCGAAUCACGUGCAAAUGGUAACGGAGUAACACCUCCAGACACUCCUAAAAGAUCGUGCAGUCCUCGUGCGGGACAUUUCUCUCCGAAACCUAUGAGCAGCAGAAGUUCCAGUCCAGUUGCGAUCCCUCCAAGAACGAAUCUAGUCCAGGAUAGCACCUCAAGUAGUCCUCCAGUUUUUGGAUCACCGAAGAGCAUAGGGAUUUCUCCUUUAGUCGCGGGUCAUGAGUUAGUAAGGAGCAGCUCGAAUCAAUCGGAUACAAGCGCGCUUGUCAGCAGUAUUACCAGAGAUUUAUCACAGUCUAGUCAAGUAACCCAAGCUAAAGAUUUAUCUCCUAGUCCAAGUGGAAGUUCAUUGCACACUCAAUCUGAAAGUUCCAAGAUAGAAACAAUCUCAGAUGAUGCACCGAAAUUGCUAACGCAAACCGGAACACAAACGUCUCCCGAAGACAGCAGUCAAACUCCGCCACCUCCUUUGAAAGGAUCCUUUUCCAUAGGUACAGUUAGCAAGGAAGACCGAGUUUCCCCGAAAAUGAUAAGAAAAGAUAGAGCAAUUAGUAAGGGUCGAUCGAAGCGAGCUAUUUCACCCACAAGUUUCCAGCAAAUUCCGACAACCAGUAAAGUGCAAUAUCCAACUGUGGAAGUUGUCAAGGAAGCUAUGAGCCCGUCUGUUGCUGAAUCUCUCAGGGCUGUAUUUGCCGCAUUCUUGUGGCACGAAGGGAUCGUUCACGAUGCCAUGGCCUGCGCUUCUUUCCUCAAGUUCCAUCCAACUUUACCGAAAGAAGGAGCACAGGUGGUUACGCGACAUCCCAAUUCUGAUUCCCCAGUGGAUAAACGCAAGCAGGAACUAACUAAAGAGGAAAGAGCGAGACAAAGACAUUCCGUCGAGGUGACGGGAAAUUAUUUACACAUUCAACCAUCAGUUUUGGAAUCGCUGACCCGUUCAGCAGCCAACGCCAGUGCGAAUAGAAAUCGAAGUAGAAAAAUUACAGAGAGCACAAUUAAAGAAGACGUUGCUACUGGUGGCGAGAACUAUGGUUACCACACGAUUUCGGUGCUUCCUCCAGCUUUAAAAUGCUUAGUUUUCCUUUGGGAAGAGUUGAGUACUAAUUGUCUGCAAGCAAUCACCCAGCAGAUGACGACAAACGAAGCAUCGACUAGCAAGUCUAAAAAGUACGAGAAAAUGGGUUCCAUGAAAGAGAAAGAAAAGAAUUCGGCUCUGGACAAGGAGAGCAAACGGAGUAGAAAGAAAAAAGUCGUGCCGAAGAACUAUAUGGAGGAGAUUGGUGUGCCCCCUGUGCAAAACAACAGUGAGAGGGAUACACUGUGCGAAUUGUGCGGAGAAUUAUUUUCUCACCCGGUUACGUACCACAUGCGACAAAUGCAUCCAGGAUGCGGGCAGCAUGCAGGAAGUAAAGGGUAUAAUUCAGGUGGAAAUUAUUGUUUAGGAUGGGCGGGAAGUUGCGGAGAGGGUGGAACGCCUGGAAGUUCUUGGUAUUUGCUGUGCGAAGGAUGUCGUGAGAAGUUUUUGAAAGCUUCCAAGAAUAAGAGUAUGCCUGCCAAACCUAAAAGUGCGUCUUGCCGAAGGAAGAAUGCUUUUGUGAGAUCUUUGAUAUCGCCUUGCGCGACUGCAGGGAACGAGGCUCAUGUCAUCAUGAAGAACAACGCUAUGUUUCUAUUGGAAUUAGCGAGUUCAGCAGAUACCGGCAUUACACAUCCCAGAAGACCGUCCUCGACAGUUAUGCCUUCCGUCGCCGAGAAUGGCAGUUCUCCUCCGGAAGUGUCCGGGCCUUUCAGUCCAAUCCCGCCCUUCCAAUGUCUACAAUCUUUAGGAGCUCAUGACGCUAGGGAUGCGCCUUUCUACGAAGAAGUUCUUCGUAGGCAAAGUGCUUUAAUAGAUGGUUACCUACCAGGUCCUUCUAAUGGUCAAAGGCCAUUGUCAGAAGUAUCUUUAUCCGAUGAUGGAGACUUUGGGAAAGGCAUGCGUUUCCACAGAUCCGUUUCAAUGGGAACCAAUGGAAUUCCCUGGGCCAAAGGUGGAUUGGAUGGUCGGAUUAUAAUGUUGAGAAAGAGAAAUAAUAGCAGUUCGGAAAUGAUAAAUGAGGGUGGAUCUUCGCUUCUUUGCAAUCCGUCGCCAGCGCUACAAAAGUUAGUGCCCAAAAUGGACAGUUCAGCAAUUGUAUCGAAUCAUUCGUUGAAUUCUGAACAAUUAUUGGAUGGAAUAUCGUUAUUGCAAAGGCCGGUCAUGCAAUUUUUAGUGCAGCAGCACGAUUUAAUAUCGUUAAAAUUGGCCAUGAAACAAGCAUUAAGGAAGGCGAUGUGCAGAGUGUACGCGAUGCAAGCUUUGAAUUGGCUGCUGCGUUCGGUGACGCAACCAAUAUGUUUGCACGAUUUGCUCUGGUGGUUCGUGACAUCGUUAACCCCUGCAGAUGUAGAGCUCGAAACGGAAGACGACAAUAAACCUCCGAAGAAGUUGGACGAACAGGAGAUGAACGUUUGCGAGCAUCCUCUUUCUGAUAUAACCAUCGCCGGAGACGCGGUCCAUCCUCUACCAGGAACUUUUCACAGUUUAUUGCAAACCAUAGCAGAUCUCAUGGUACUUCUACCUAUGGGUUCAGGGUUACAGCAGAUGGCUGUGAGAUGCUGGGGAUUGCGAUUUGCUACAUCUGAUCAUACGUUCCUGCAUCGAUCGCAGGUCUUCAGUAAUAUCAGCAAAAUAUUGUCGAGAAGCGAGGAAUUGGAGGACACGGCUGUGUCCAUGCACGAGAGUGUCAAUAUCAUUAAUUGCUCUGUCGAGGGUCUCAAAGAUUUAACUCCCUUAUUAGAUAUCAAAGCAAGCAGCAGACAAGCCAUGGUCGGUAGUUUAACAGAUGGAUCUACCGAAACCUUUUGGGAGUCCGGAGAUGAAGAUCGCAAUAAAUCUAAGAGCAUCACUAUUGCUUGCGCUCAGGGUCACCAUCCAAAAUUAAUCUGUGUCCAUAUAGACAAUUGUCGAGAUUUGGCGAAUAAAAUAUCAAAUAUAAUAUUUUAUUCAGGACCUAAUUCUGACGAACUAACAAAACUAAGAAGUGUUGAAAUUGAGACAAGAUUACUAGGUGGUUGGGUAAAUUGUCCUUUGUUAGAUGGAAAUCACGACAGCGUAUUGCGUUUGGAAUUGAAAGGUCCCGACAAUUCGGUGCGCAUUCGGCAAAUAUCUAUUUUAGGUGAAAUCGAUGGAGAGAGCCUGAAAGUUGGAAAACUCUACAGUGCUUCCACUAUUCAGCAGAGGAACUGCGAAGGGGAAACAUUAAGGGUCUUCAGGUUGAUCACUUCUCAGGUGUUUGGAAAAUUGAUAAUGGGAGAUGGCGAUAUCAGCCAAGAAAACAACCACCUGUCUUCUACUGUGGAAGGUGGAGAACCUUUGGAGGAAAGCAAUGAAUUGCGCGAACAUAUGGUUGGGAUAUUAUUUAGUCGUAGCAAGUUGACCCACCUUCAAAAACAGGUGAUCGUGCAUAUCGUGCAAGCAAUCCGCAAGGAAACAAUACGUGUUAGAGAGGAAUGGGAAAGCUUUCUUUGCAGUGCUACAGGUAAUUCAACUGGAAGCUCUGGAUUGAGCGGUGACGUGGCCAAGAAUUCAGACACGUACUGCUUUGAAAUGUUAUCGAUGGUUUUGGCGCUAUCUGGAAGUUCCGUCGGUCGAACAUAUCUUUCCCAUCAAGGAGGUCUUAUCUCAGAUCUGCUUAGUUUACUGCACACCGGAAGUGCUAGAGUGCAAAGACAAGUCACCUCAUUGUUAAAGAGAAUCUUACCUGAAAUACAUCCGGAAUCCUUCGCUAAGAUGGUUGCGGUAGAUAACUUGCCGCCAAGAGAUUUCAGCAUUGUCUCUGCUGAAAACAAAUCGGGCAAUUUCGAUACUCAUCGCAUGGGAAUCUUGGACGUUUUCUUGAGUGUCAUUGCUAAAUCUUUAACUGUACAGGUAAAAGUUAAAGGUAAGAACGGUACCGGCGCUGCCACCAAAGAAAUUAACACGGUGACUUUGGCAACUUCGAUUCAUCCGAAGGAUUAUGUCGGCAACAGGUGGUGGUUAAGAGGAUGCACGAACAGAAAGUUGGCUGAAGUUAUCGUGAACUUAAUUAAAGAAUUAGCUUCGGGAAAACUUUCGGAAUCUUGGGGUAACAUCACCAAAGGUGCUAUAGCUCAAAAUAUUCUUUAUUUGACUCAUCUAAGUGAUGAACAAAGGGUACCGACGCAUUGCCUUCGCACUCCAACUCUCUGGUUGGCUUUGGCUUCGCUCUGCGUUUUGGAUAAAGAUCAUGUUGAAAGGUUAUCUUCUGGUCAAUGGACCAAAUCAGAUGGUCAACCAACUCCGCCCAGGCCGACAUGCACCAAUCACGAUGACGGCGAAACAAACGCAGUGAUCCAAUGCACCUCUUGUGGGAAUUUAUGUGCAGACUGUGAUCGCUUCUUGCAUUUGCAUCGGAAGACUCGGAACCACCACCGACAGGUUUGCAAGGAAGAGGAAGAGGCAAUCAAAGUCGAAUUGCACGAAGGAUGCGGAAGAACGAAACUGUUCUGGUUAUUGGCUUUGGCAGAUGCCCGAACUCUGAAAGCCCUGAUUGAAUACAGAGAAGGUGGAACCAGAUCCAGAGGGGCGGAGACUAGCGGUGUUUGCAGAUUUUGCGGAGCCGUCGGCAGCUCAGGUCUUCUGGCUAUUGGCAACGUCUGCGCCGAUCAAGAAUGUCAAGAAUACGCAAAGACUGCAUGCAGUAAACUCAUGAAUUGUGGCCACAUGUGCGGCGGAGUUCAAAAUGAAACCAACUGCUUGCCAUGCUUGCACGGUUGUUCUUCCGAUUCCAAUUUGAGGCAAGACGCUGAUGAUAUGUGCAUGAUCUGCUUCACUGAAGCACUAUCCUGCGCACCCGCGAUUCAGUUGAGAUGCGGUCAUGUAUUCCAUUUGCAUUGUUGCAAAACAGUUCUGACCAAGAGAUGGGCGGGGCCAAGGAUCACCUUCAGCUUCUCGCUUUGUCCUAUUUGCAAGGGCAACAUUGAGCAUGAGGAGCUCAAGGAAUUGCUGGAGCCUGUGGUGGAUCUCUACAAGGACGUGAGGAGGAAGGCUUUGAUGCGAUUGGAGUACGAGGGGUUGCAUACAACUGAAGCCAUCGUAGCGCCGGGCGCUCGUUUUUUCAACGACCCUGCCACCUACGCUAUGGAUAGAUACGCUUAUUAUGUUUGCUUCAAAUGCAAUAAGGCAUAUUACGGCGGUGAGGCUCGGUGCGAUGCCGAGGUCGGGGAGCAGUACGAUCCAGCAGAGUUAGUUUGUGGAGGCUGUUCCGAUGUGGCCAGGGCCCAAAUGUGCCCAAAACAUGGAACCGAUUUCCUCGAGUAUAAAUGCAGAUAUUGCUGUUCCGUCGCCGUCUUCUUCUGUUUCGGAAGCACGCAUUUCUGCAAUCCUUGCCACGACGAUUUCCAGAGGGUCACCAAUCUGCCACGUAACGAGUUACCCUCCUGUCCAGCAGGUCCGAAAGCCAAGCAAUUGGAUGGUGAGGAGUGUCCGCUCCACGUGAAACAUCCGCCCACAGGAGAAGAGUUUGCAUUGGGCUGCGGAGUUUGCAGGAACGCCCAUACCUUUUAAUCGCACCCACCUUAAAUAAUAAGGAAGGAAACCAUGUCUCUUCAUUUUUUUUGUAAUCCCUUUUUAAGACUGCACUCGAGUAUUUUAUAACAUUUACAGGAGCCACUCAGUAUAUUUAACUAAUAUAUAUAUAUAUAUUAUCUAAUGAUUUUGUGAUGACUAUUUACAUAAUUAAUGUAUUUAUUUAUUUUAUAGAUUUAGUCCGUAGCAGUGCUCGCAUUGCCUGUUUAUUUAAGAAAUUUGUGUCGGCUGCAAUUUGAGCCCAUUUAGCGUCUAUUAGUCGAAAAAUGAAAAUAUGUUUGCCGCAGU